AUGUUUCACGAAGCUGGAAUACUAACCAUACGACUAGCUGCCAAAUAUAGUAAAGAAGGUAAGCUUGCACUGGUUAAAAGAAUUUUGGAAAGUGCAGUGAAUAUCACUAAAACAAAUGGCCCAUCAAAAGCAGAAUGGGUGGCCUAUAGUUACCUUGGAUGUACUUUGAUAUCACUCGGUGAGUAUCAGAGAGCUAGAGAAUAUCUCGUGAGAGCCCUUGCCAUAGCUAUAGAAAUUGGCGACAAAGGCGGAGAAGGUGUAUCGUACGGUAGCCUGGGAAAUAUGUUUCAAUUAUUUGGAGAAGACCAGAAGGCUAAAGAAUAUUAUGAGAAAGCCCUUGCCAUCGCUAUAGAAAUUGGCGACAAACAAGUACAAAGUGCAUUGUACAGUAACCUUGGAAGUGUUUUUGAAUCGCUUGGAGAAGACCAGAAGGCAAAAGAAUAUCAUGAGAAAGCCCUUCCCAUCGCUAUAGAAAUUGGCGACAAACAAGUACAAAGUAAAUCGUACGGUAACUUUGGAAUUUUUUUUGAAUCGCUUGGAGAAUACCAGAAGGCAAAAGAAUCUUAUGAGAAAGCCCUUGCCAUCGCUAUAGAAAUUGGCGACAAAAAAGUACAAAGUGCAGCAUACAAUAACCUUGCAAAUUUUUUCCAAUUGGGUGGAGAAUUCCAGAAGGCUAAAGAAUAUUGUGAGAAAGUCCUUGCCAUCGCUAUAGAAAUUGGCGACAAACAAGUACAAAGUAAAUCGUACGGUAACCUUGGAAGUGUUUUUAAAUCGCUUGGAGAAUACCAGAAGGGUAAAGAAUAUUAUGAGAAAGCCCUUGCCAUCGCUAUAGAAAUUGGCGACAAACAAGUACAAAGUGCAUUGUACAGUGACUUUGGAAUUGUUUUUAAAUCGCUUGGAGAAUACCAGAAGGCUAAAGAAUAUUAUGAGAAAGCCCUUGCCAUCGCUAUAGAAAUUGGCGACAAACAAGUACAAAGUGCAUUGUACAGUGACUUUGGAAGUGUUUUUGAAUCGCUUGGAGAAUACCAGAAGGCAAAAGAAUAUUAUGAGAAAGCCCUUCCCAUCGCUAUAGAAAGUGGCGACAAAAAAGUACAAAGUUCAUCGUACGGUAACCUUGGAAAUGUGUUUCAAUCACUUAGAGAAGACCAGAAGGCAGAAGAUUAUCGUAAGAAAGCCCUUGCCAUCGCUAUAGGAACUGGCGACAGGAUAUUUGAAGGCAAAUUGUACAGGAGCUUUGGAGGAAAUCUCUUGCAACUUAGAAAAACUGUUCAGGCUAAAGUUUAUUACGACAAGGCACUCACCAUAGCAACAGAAAUUGGUGACAGACCAUCAGAAAUUGAAUGUUACGAAUGCUUAGCAUUUGUGUUGACUAGCAUUCAGGACUAUCAGACGGCUAAAGAAUAUCAAAAGAAAGCGCUUGCCAUUAGCAUAGAAAUUGGCCAUAUAGAACACGAAUUAGAAAUCCUUAGUAACCUUGCACAGACAUAUCGAUUAGUUGGUGAAUAUGUUGUUGCCGAAGAACUCAGCCAGGAAGCAUUGUUUAUAUCCAGGGAAAUUGGAGCUAAAAUGUCAGAGUAUAAAAUUCUUCUCGGAAUCACGUUCUUAAAAUAUUCGCAAUUAAAGCAUGAGGAUGAAAAGACCUUUCUCCUCGAAAGCAUUCAAAGAUACGAACAACUGCGAAAUUCUCUAGGAGGAAACAAAGAAUUUGAAAUAUCCUUGUUAGAGAAGUAUGGUUCUUUUCCCUACAAGCGGCUCAGUGACCUGCUUUGUGAUCUCGAUAGUCCUCGCGACGCUCUUUAUGUCGAGGAACUGGGACGAGCUAGAGGCCUUGCAGAAUCAUUGGCAAGCAAUUUUUCCGCGGUAAACCACAUCUCAGCUGAUCCAAAAUCAUGGUUUGGGAUUGAAAACAUCGUAAGGAAAGAAAGAGGCUGUGUUUUCUUAUACAUGUCGUAUUUUGAGACGUAUACUCAUCUCUGGGUAUUAAAAGGAGAUGGAGAUAUUAACCAUCGCAUAAGCUCAAUCGUGAUAGACAGCAGUCUCAUCGCUGAGUCACUUUUCAACGUGGAAGGAAUUUUCAAAAAAGUGCCGUAAAGUUCGGCGUCAAAUUGAACGAGAAUUGCGAAGGUCGUUCUUUACAAGGUUGUGGAACCAAAGAUGACGAGUCACUUCUCCAUUUGUGUUACAAACUGAUUUUUGCCCAAGUGGGCGAUUUACUCACCGAGCCUGAAAUCAUCAUUGUGCCAGAGAAGUGUUCUUACCGAGUCCCGUUUGCUGCUUUGCGUGCCGACUCAGCUGGGAAGUAUCUGUCAGAGACGUACAGAAUCCGCAUCGUCCCCUCUUUAACGACUCUUGGCGUUAUUCAGGAAUGUCCGGCAGACUAUCACAGUCAGACUGGCGCACUGGUAGUGGGUGAUCCUGAUGUUGGCAAAGUUUAUUACAAAGAACGUCUCCAAACCUUUAAAGCAUUGGCUUCUGCGAGACAAGAAGCAAAGAUGGUGGGUCAACUACUGGGUGUUCACCCUUUGUUAGGAGAGUGCGCAACAAAGCAGGCGGUACUUCGAGCCAUACAUUCGGUGAGUUUGAUUCAUAUUGCUGCUCAUGGAGAUGCCGAAAGAGGAGAGGUUAUCCUUUCCCCUCAGGGUGCUGCUAACAAGUUUCCACAAGAGGAAGAUUACAUUUUGACAGUCUCUGACAUUUCUAAAGUUCAGCUGAGAGCUAAACUGGUAGUUCUUAGCUGCUGUCACAGUGGGCGUGGUGUGUUUAAACAAGAGGGUGUCAUUGGAAUCGCUCGGGCGUUCCUAGCAGCUGGUGCACGUUCAGUGUUGGCAGCAUCGUGGGCCAUUGAAGAUGAAGCGUCAAAGCAGCUCAUGGAUCAUUUCUAUGAGCACCUUGCGAAUGGAGAAAGUGCUAGCGAAUCUCUCCACCAGGCCACCAAAUGGUUGAGAAGAAACGGCUUCACCAAAAUUUCCCAAUGGGCUCCGUUUGUGCUGAUUGGAGAUAACGUGACAUUUGACUUUACGAAAAUGAGGUAA